AAGGUGCUGCUGGUGAAAUCGCGCGCGUUCACCAACAAAUUAAGAAGAAAAGACAGGAAGAUUUUUUAUAACACUUUCUGCUUCAGAAACAUACAUAACGGUAGGACUUUAGUGACUUGUGGCGAACGAAGUGCGAGCAUUUAUUUGGAAAUUCGUGUGAAAAAUUACAUAAAAAGUGAAAAGAAAUAAAAUCGAAAGAAAAUUUUUUAAGAGAUUAAAGAAGAAGUGCUGAAAAUCCUUAAGUGUUUGGUGCGAAUUCACACGGUAUGCCAAGUGAAAAAUGGCUUUUGUGAAAAUGCGCACUCGUGGUAAUGCCAUUUACCGCAACGUUCGGAGCAAGAUCCACCGAGGAUGUCAACGCGAACAUUUGUGCAAAUGAGUUAAAGUGCCGCAAUUUGGUGUUGGUCCAUUAUAAUAAAAGUACUUAUAUAAGAGCACAGUGGCCACAAGCGCAGUGUCGCGAACGGCACCCCGUGCGGUACUCGUAACGUAAUUUAAAAGUUAGUGUCGCAGGCGCCCGUUGCCCCAGUUCAGUUAGUGCGCCGAGGCAAUUGACGCCAACAACGCUUGUCGGUUCACAUUGUUGUGGUUACUAUGCACGUUACACAUGCUGCAAGGGAUGGGUGUCAAACUUUAAGCAACAACAGCAGCAUCGACAGCGACAACACGCGCAAAAAUAGCGCGAACAAUCAUCUAAGCAGGCAACUGAAGAAUAACAGCGAUAGUUGUUGUAAAAAUAGCAGCACAAACGACAUUAAUAAACGCUGCAACACGACGAGUGACGGCUGCAAUACACAACAUCCGGCGGGCAUUCUGCGCCACAGCUGUCACAUACACAAUCGCCCGCGGAACGACAAUCACCCACACUUUGCGAUUGAUAACCUAGAAAAGCAUCGAUUUUUCGACGCUGACGUCAACGUUGACGCUGUGCACAGCAACGGCAUUUGACGCACGCGAC